AAAAGCAGUCGUUUCGGUCGGCCCCGUGAGUUCCGCGGCGUUCGACGUCGAGGCAACACGUCUUGCCGGUGCACUCUUGAUUUUACAGUUGGACCUGGAACGUGCCAGAGCCAGAGGGACAAUUGGUGCAAUCAUCUCGUUGAGCGUAAACAAACGGGUUUACGAUGGGGCUACAGUUGCGGACAGCUCUAGGGUGGCUGUGUUUGAUGGUGGUUGCGCACGCGCUGGCCUUGCCCACGCCCGACACCAUGGUGGUCGCCAGAUCUGAUGAUGAUCAUACUGAGCCGACGUCAUCAGUGAGCGACGUGAUGACGGAGGGGCCGUCGCCCGCUGUAAAGCUGACGGAGAUGACCGUGACGUCGAACAUAGCGCUGCGGUACGCGCACACUGCCGUAGUCACGCAUGUACGGAACCCCGCCAAGAAGGCGCAGGAAGCCACCUUCAGGGUGCUGCUGCCAGAGACCGCUUUCAUCAGUGGCUUCAUUAUGACUCUAAAUGGGAAAUCAUACAAGGCGUACGUGAAAGAGAAAGAAGAAGCGAAGCAGAUUUACGACCAAGCUGUGUCUCAGGGCGUCGGGGCGGCGCACAUCACGACGAAGGCCCGCGACUCCAACCAUUUCACAGUAUCAGUGAACGUGGAGCCCAAUACAGCCGCGAUCUUCAACCUGACAUACGAGGAGUUGUUGGUCCGUCGCAACGGCGUCUACAACCACGCCAUUAACCUCCACCCCGGGGACUUAGUGCCCAAUCUCACUGUGACGGUGAACAUUCAUGAGACGGAAAAGAUAACUGUAUUGAGGGUGCCUGAAAUCAGGACUGGUAAUGAAGUCGAUGCGACUCCGGAGGACCCGCAGAACUCCCUGGCGGUGAUAGAGCGCGGACACGACGACCGCGUGGCGAGCGUGACGUUCAAACCUGACCUGGAGGAGCAGCGGCGGCUCAUCGCGCUCUACAUGGACAAGACCAAAGAGUCUCGCAGUAGCGGCAGGACCUACCACUUUUACUCCGUCCCCGAAGAGAAGGCACCCGAGAGCGACGGCACGCUGGGCCAGUUCGUGGUGCAAUACGACGUGGACAGGCCCAAAAAUGGAGAGGUUUUGGUUAAUGAUGGCUACUUCGUUCACUUCUUCGCUCCGUCCGAAUUGCCGCCAUUGAACAAGCACGUGGUAUUCGUUCUGGACACGUCAGGCUCCAUGAUGGAUCGCAAGAUCGUUCAGCUGCGGGAAGCCAUGCAGACCAUCCUCAGCGAUCUCAACCCGGGAGACUACUUCAGCAUCGUAGAGUUUGCCUCCUCUGUUAUUGUACACGAACUGAAAGAAGCCGACCUGGAGCCCAAGCAGCCGAGCUACAACUACGGGUUCGACUGGGAAGCUAAGGCCGCGCCGAAGCUGGUGCCGCCAGCGCCCGCCACGCCUGAAAACAUCGCCCGCGCUAAGGUCAUCAUCAGCAGACUCGACGCUGCUGGAGGCACCAACAUCGGCGAUGCUUUGGAUGCAGCAGUUCUGAUCAUCAAGAAAGGCAUCUACACUGAAACAGAAGUCAAUGGCACCACUCAAGCCACGCCCCUCGCCUUACACAUCGCGGCUGAUGAGAAACCUGAGCAACCUACCACACAUGCACAAGAUACCGAAGUCGAUGAACAAGCCACCCGACUGGAGCCCAUAAUAAUCUUCCUGACGGACGGCGACCCCACCGUGGGUCAGACCGACCCCACCAAGAUCAUCAACCACCUCACUGAGAAGAACUUCGGCAAGAACAAGGCGACGAUAUUCUCUCUCGCUUUUGGCGAGGACGCGGACCGCAAGUUCCUACGCAAAAUAUCAUUGCGCAACGACGGCUUCAUGCGGCACAUCUACGAGGCGUCGGACGCCGCGCUGCAGCUCAGGGACUUCUACAGGCAGGUCUCCUCGCCGCUGCUGGCCGACGUGCGCUUCACGUACCCGCCCGACCAGGUGCAAGCGGAUUCGCUGACCAAGCACAAUUUCCGUACGUUCUACUCCGGAUCGGAGACGGUGGUGGCGGGGAGGGUGCGGGAGGGGGUGACGUCACUGACCCCGCGUCUCGAGGGCUACCAGGCUGCGGACGAUGCCGGCAAGAACAAGAGGAAACGCUACGAAGUGGUAUCAAAGAGCCUAGUGGAGCAGAAGAGGCAGACGUACUACCCGCUGGAGCGGCUGUGGGCCGCGCUGUCGGUGCGCCAGCUGCUGGACCGCGCGGACGCCGCGCUGCCCGCGGACAAGGACAUGUCGCCGGAAAAGAAGGCGCUGGCUAUAUCUCUCAAGUACGAGCUGGUAACGCCGCUGACGUCGCUGGUCGUGGUCAAACCGAACGCAACCAACGCUGUCAACGCAGAGUCCGUGGAUAAAGAUAAUAACACGCCAUAUGCACUACCGGGUGCCGCCAGCGUUCCUCUAUCGGCGCACUACUCUAGCGCCAUACUGGGCCUCCCCGGCGCGCAGGCCGCGCCCUAUCCAGUGUUCGAAGAUUCGGCUUUGCCUGAAGCAAUUCAAUCAGAAGAUUAUUUCGAUGGUGAUUUCAGUAGUGGGCAAAACACAGGAUACUUUUUGCGGCAACAACAAAAUUCAUUUAUUCAAGGUGGCCCUUACCGCUACGCCGCCGCCGUGCCCGCCAGAUUGAGUUCCCACGCCGUCGCUAAUUCAUACAGUAUAGGUGGAGCAGGAGCAGUAGCAUCAGGAGGUUUCGUCACGCCACAAUUUAUCCCCCCCACAGGACAUUUCACUACGCCGCUAUAUUUCUCGUCGGCGUUCCCGCCGUCAACGAGUGUCCCCGGAGCGCCAUCGCCGCUGGCGCCGUUCAACAUGCAGGGAUACCUGUGGGCUGAGCCGAUAUUCUCUGCUGCGGACAAGGCCCUAGUGUUCGAACACAACAACAAGACAGAGAAGCUUGUACUUAGUGAAAAUGGAACGGAACCCAUGGACAAGGACUUCGAUGCCGCUUGCCCGACCGCAGUGAGCGGCACCUCCGGGCUGUGCGUGUACGUGACGCGCUGCGGCGCCGCCCGCACCAUCUCCCUCGACGUCUACAAGACCUCCUUCUGCGCAGUCGAUGGCUCGUAUGCCGGUGUAUGCUGUCCACAAUUUUUCGUGACCAACGCUCGCGUGAAGGGUUCUAGUAAUAUCGUGAGUACCAGUACCGAGGCGAGCCAAGGCGACAAGUCAAGUGUCAAGGCGUAAUGUGAAGUUAGAGCCGAACUAUCCAUUCUGACUCAUAUAAUCUGUUCUGUGAAUAUUUUUUUUACUUGAAGGAAAAUGUUGUUUCUAUGUUUAUGAAGAGUUUUGAAGUGACAACGGUGUAUUAUUAAGCAAUGGUUUUAUAUCUGUAGAUUAAAAUAUCAAUACAUUCAGACAAGAAAUAAUGGUGCAGUCUAGCUGCACUCAUCUCAAAUGCAUUCCGCAAAUUCUUACAUUUGCGUGUCAACGAACGAAUCGUUACAUCACGAUUUCGAUGUUUUUACAAUUAUUCUAGAAUUUGUAUGGAUUCUAGCAACGAUAGGAUUAAAUAUCUGCGUUUUUUACAUGCCUACUACGAAAUGUCAGAUGUGAGGUGUUGAUAUGUGAUAAACUGAAGAAUUGAUACGAACAAUUGAUAUAUUAGUGACUUAUUUUUAUAAUACCUAGUACGUAAAUAAAAUGUGAGAGUGAAUGUACUCUGUGAAAAGGUGCUAUUGAGUCGAGAAGUGCCAUGUUUGUAAGUAUGGUAUAUAUUUUUAUAUAAAAAUAAAGCAAUUCGUAUAAUU